AUGUCAGUUUGCCCCGACUCAGCCACCGUCAUGGUUCCAGAUGACAAAUCCAACCCAGAGUUGGAAAAUGAGGUAGAGUCGUCAAAGGUGCUGAAACAUUACCCACGCUACGGCUCCAUCGUGGGAGACACCUGCCCCACUUGUCGCGGCACUGGACGAAUUCCAAGAGGCAACGAAGACCAGUUGGUUGCCGUUAUCCCAUGUAACGACAAACGACUCAAACCAAGACACACGAAGCUGUACGUGUGCGUGACCAUGGCGCUGUGUCUCUUCCUGAGCUGCCUCAUCCUCUUUUUCCUCUUCCCCCGGAGCGUCACGCUGUCCCCCUUGUCCGUGCUGUCCGUCAUGGUCUACUUCAGCCCGGACACGGUGCAAAUGGAGGUCACGAACCUCAUCAGCGUCACCAAUGACAACUUUGUUCCAGUGCAAAUCGUGGGGCUGGAUGUUCAGGGUCUAAUCUCUCGUGUGGUGGUGAGCAAAAUCAAGUUUUCCAACAUGUCUUCCAUCCCAUCACGCUCGGAAAAAUCGUACACAUAUCAAAUUGGCCUGCCCAUUAAUGAAAAAGGCCUCAGCACUUUCUGCCAAUCCACUUCAAUAAAGAUCCACACCCUAUUCGUGGAACUGCAGAUUACCAUGAACAUCUCUUACUUGUCCCACACGGAGCAGCUGUCCGUGGAUACCUUUGAGUACAUUGACUGCGGUACCAACUCCACCUCACCGCACCCUGUCAGAUGA